CAACACGAUCAAUUCCGUCAAUUACCAACCCUUCAGUCCGACUCUUCAAUAAACCCAAACAUCAAUUCUUCGUCACAUCUUCUACCACUCCACAACCUCAAUUUAUUUGAUCGGUACACAAAUCACUCGGAAUUGAUCGAAGUUUUACGUGUUAUCGCCAAUUUGUACACGUCCUUUGUUCGCGCUUUUCAUCAAUAUUGGAUUUUCGAGGACGACCUUCUUUGUGUGCAUUUUUACCCAUAUUCGACUUCCCCCUCCGACACAUCUUCAUCCAGCACAUUUAAUUCAACCACGGUAUCUUCACCUUAUCCAUGACAUUCAACAACUCAGAUGUCACGAUAAAGCGCAAUGCUUAAUUCCGAGAGCCAGGGUGGCUGGGGAGCCGGCGGCGCGCCGAACCCUCCUACCAACCCCUUUGCCCAGCCGGCAACUUCUCAACAUUUAAAGAACCCAUUUGCGAGCCUUCAAUCCCAACCUCUAGCCCAAGCAAAUCCGUUCUUGCAAAAGCAAUCUAAUGGAACGGGUCCUACGCCUAAUCCAUUCUUGCAGAAACCGCUUCCCGCAAACCCUUUCGCGCAAGCACCUUCGGGCCAGAAUCGAUCCGCAUCUCCCUUUGGUCAACCAUCGAAUUCAGGAUCGAAUUCAGCCCCGAAGUCGAGUUCAUUUGGUAAGCCUAGUUAUGCUCCCAAUAAUAACACCUCGACAUCAAACGCUCUAUCACAACGACCCUCGUCAUUUACUACAAAGCCCGGGACAACACCCACACUAGGCUCCGAGAACAAGCGAAAGAUUGCCGAGUAUGUUCAACCAGCAUGGCCGAAGCAGACGUCGCAGAAAGUCCCAGAACCAGCAGAGGCUAGGUCAAAUGCCUCUAAGUUUCAGCAUAAUGGGAAGAGAAAGAACGAGAUUGAUUCCCAGGGGAAGAAUAAGUUUUCACGAAAGACACCUGAUUCAGAACUUGCUUCUAGUCGCGACCGACCCUCAACUAGGAAUGAUAAGCGGAUUGCCUCUACAAACGACAGAGGAACGGAGAUCCCCAGAACUAGAGCGGAUCCCGACGAAUUCGCCAAGAAGAUUACAGAUCAAUUAGCGAAGGAUAAUAUCAAGCCUCCUCGAUGGCCGCAGAAUCCGGGAAGCUUCACGCAACGCCAGGCUGUAGAACGCCUCCGUGAAGCUCACAAAGCAUACCGAGAGAAGGCGAGGAAGUCACUUAUGCGAGCAGGUCUGAUCGACGACCCUGAUAAGAAGCGAAGACUGGAUGAGGCGCUCGUUUUUAAGGGUAUUUGUGAAGAUAUGUGCCCUGAGUGGGAAAAAAUCACUCGUAUUGUUGAGCACGAUAUCAAAGGGCCGGAGAAGGACACUGACGAGAAUGGCGACCUGGUCCCUAUGCCCGACCUUAUGGUCAAACGACUUGCUCGCUCAGCUGCAGGACAAGAUGCACCCCUCCCUAUGGACGUCCGAUCUGUCCGCGCGCUACGCCGAACAUUGCGUUACUUAAUCGACUUGAUUUCGUCAGACGACUUGUUACCCCUAAAACACAGUUUCCUCUGGGACCGCACGCGAGCAAUCAGAAUAGACUUCUCUUUCCAGAAGUACGCCAUGACGCCUGCUGAGACGAAGGAUCAAAUCUACUGUCUCGAGACGAUCGCUCGUUUUCACGUUACAUCACUUCAUCUCCUCUCUCAGGAUGGUCUCACCCCCACGGACUUCUCAGAGCAACAGGAAGUCGAGCAAUUAGGCAAGACCCUGAUCUCCCUAAUGGAAGUCUACGAUGAUUGCGAAGAGCAUGGGAUCGAAUGCGAGAAUGAGCACGAAUUUCGAGGUUAUUUUAUAGUAUUCAAUGCCUUUAACCCAGGGCUCAUGGAAAUGAUCGACACUUUUGACCGACGAUUCGGGCAUUCUCCGAACAUAAAAUCCGCUAAAUGCAUAUCGGAAUGCAUCUCGAACAUACGAAGAAUUCAAGGACCUCUAAUGCCUGAUGCGAACAGUCAGAUGGCUGUUGACGCUAUCACAGUAUUCUUCGACAUUGUCGCUAACCCGGCGGUUUCUUAUACCUUGGCCUGUUUCGCCGAAAUACACUUCAACGCCGUGCGUAAAGCAAUACUGAAAGUAUUUCAAAAAUCAUUUUCACGGCCACGAUUCGGUCCGAAGGACUUGACACCCGCUAUCCUAAAAAAACACCUCCACACUGAUACAGAGGAAGAAGCCGUUGAGUUUUUUAAGAAGCACGGCUUCGACUUUGACGACGCUGAUAAGCAUCUCAUUCUCAAUCAAAGUACUAGAUACAUUGACGCCAGGGUUCCACACUCCUUUUCAGGAGACAUUGUAGAACGUAAACGUUCAGGACACACCUUCGCUGAAGUUGUUCAUACGACCGUCUUUGACGAGAAUGUUACGCAACCAGCUGCAGGAGACGAAAUUACUUGGGAGGACGAAGAUGAGGAAAGCUUGUUUGUCAGCGACACUAAUAACGUCUCUGCCGAUAAUAACGAGAGUCAAUUUGCCAACGAAGAACAAAGCGAGUCGGGAAGUACCGAAUCCGGAGUCUCCGCCAGUCCACGUCCACUCCCCCCAAUGCUUGGAAAUCAUGCUGUUACCAAACCGACGACAUCUGUUCCGGAUGGUGAACAGUCAGUUCAUGAGAGCGAGGGUAGAUCCCGCAGUACGUCCUUCUCUAGCGUAACAUCUAUUUCUACAGAACAACAGUCUACCACGCAGACCCCGUCACAACCUUCCGGAGGUUCUGGUAUCAAAGCCACCAGCUCCCCUUUCACCAGUCCGAUGCAAGCCCCCCAGAAGCAAUACGCUUCUUCGGUCUUUGCGUCGUCUAGUGGAGGAUUUGGAGCCCAGUCCACAUCUAAUCCCUCCAGUACAAUGGGUACUUCGUUUGGCGGUGCCACAAAAACUGGGCCUUUCGAUGACACCUCUAAAUCUCCUGCUUCGUCAGCUCCUAAAUCUGCAAACCCCUUCAGCGACCUCUUUCGUGCUUCUAAGCCUCCUGCAGAGACCGACGCCAAUAGGGCGGCUGGUCAAAAUUCUGCUGAUAAUGCGAGUGGACAAUCAGCAUCAUUUAUCAUUAAGAAGGUUAGAUUCGGUGCCGAUGUUUCUGGGGGACAAACAACUGCAAACAAUGCCACUCCGCGAGAUCUCUUCGAUUUGCCUAACAAGAAUCAAACUGAUACGGCAGCACCAGCGAAUUCGCCCAGCGCCGAUAGUCCGUCAGUGUUCCCGCCCAAGGCAUCGGAUUCAUUGAACAAAGGAGUGUUUCAACCCUCAGGCACUCCAACAUUAGGGUCAACGUCUAAGGCCUCUAACUCAUCUGAACCUACUACUAGCACAGUCCAAUCUAUAACUACCACUGCUACUACCCCCUCAACACUCACACAAGCCCAGCAGUCGAGCGUAUUUGGAACUCAAGCACCGGCCGUCAGUAGUAGUCAACCUUCCAUGAUGCAGCAAAUUUCAGGAAUAUCGUCAACAUCCACUGCCAACUUAUUGGCCACAGCGUCGGCCGACAAUUCGCCCAAGGCGACGACAACAGCAGGGCCAACUGCGACGUCACAGCAAGUUACAUCUACGAACACUGCAUUUAUCAAGGAAGCGGUCCAAGAUGACGCUAUGAGCAAUUUUGCUCGUUGGUUUGUCAGUGGUGAUAAAGGUUUAUUGGAGUCGCACAUUCAAAACCCUGUGUUUGAGCAGAUACUCGAAGGUGUUUGGAACGAAUUCCAAACUACUCUGGAAGAAGAAGCUAUAAGAAAAGAGGAGGAAAAGGAGUUGGCCAAAGCACAAAAGUUCAGGGGUUACAGCCUCAAAGUCAAAUACUUCUAUAUUUGGCAUGAAGGCUUCCGUAAGCGACAACGUAUCAACCGCCUGAGGGAAGAGAAGGAAAAGGCAAGACGAUGGAACUUGCCGGAAAACGUGGCAAAGCGCGAACGCGAAGCCAAAAAGAGCCAUGAACAAAUUAUUAAAGAGGUGAGGGAUUCCAUGGUGGAAAGAAGCCACCACAUUGCGAACGAAGCCGCCCUACUGAGAAGAUCUGCCGGAGCAAGACUCGAGUCAAUGCAGAACCCUGAAGCAGUAUUGUCCAUACAGGGUUCUGGAAUAUCGAACUCUGGGAUGAGUGCACAGAACAUCGAGGACGCCUUACUUGCUACUGGCAUCUUCCGAGGGGUUCAAGAUGAGAAGGCUGCUGCUAGGUACGCUGCUAUGGAGCAGGUCGAGAACGAGAAGGACGUAAUUUUUGAAAAGAAAAAGCGACUACGGGUUGAGAAUCACCGUCGUACUGAGCGUGGACUCCGUCCGCUCAAAGCAUUACCCGAACCAAGAAACUACAAGGAAGGAUCUAAAACAGCAAUGCUUCGGGCGAGUCAUUGCGGUAGUGGAAGAGACACCAUGUCCAUGUCGACUGGAAGUUUACGCGAAUCAACCUUUAGCUCAAGUUAUCGUUCUAGCCUCGGUUAUAAUACCGGACGAGUAUCUAAGCCCCGAACGAGAGUUAGAAACCCACACUGGCGUCUCAGGGCUAACGGCCUUGUGCAAAUGCCAAAUGGGCAAUACUUACACGAGUCGGUGGCUCUUCCAUUACUGGAAGGCGAGAAACAAAUCCCCGGAUUCGGAAGUUACGGAUUACCGACUACCGAUUCUGCCGUCCUUAACGGAUCGUCACCGUCGCUGCCGGGCAGCCCUCUCGACCAGCCGAACAUAUUUCAAUCAAACCCAGCUAGCAGCUCGCCUUCAGGUGGUGGAAGUCAGAAGCGAAAGCGACAGGCAGAUGAGGAGGAUGUUAUCCCGAAUGGAAACAAAUUGCAUACCCGAAGCAAACGAGCUAGGAGUGUAGAAAGUGAUAGCCAGACUGUCACAGAUGCCGGAAAACACCUGGCUGAUAUUGCGAGUCUUCUAAGUCAGGUAGAAAGCAGGGUAUGCAGUAUCAGGAACGCGACGCCCAAGGAACAGAUCUCCCCCUAGACGAGGAUGGUCUUCUAAGGGGAAAUGCACUUGGAAAAUAUGAUUAGGGUCGUCAUGAAUUGGAGGUGAAUUGAGGAAGGGAAACGAUGUGUAGGAAAUCACACCGAAAUGUUUAUAUGCAUGCAUGGCACACGGCGUUAGGGAAGCAAUCACCAUUUGCAACGGAUCGGAAAGCUGGACGGCGAAUCACUCAUGUUCUUUUAAUCGCAAACUUUUGGUCCAGAAAUUCAGGAGCCGAUGGCAUAUUUUUUGCUUUUGCAAAUUCUUGUUCUUGUUUUUAUAAUUUUUUUUUACUCGAUACCCGCUCCCGUCCGACACAUUGCAUAGAAAGGGGAACUUUGGCUGGGAAAACUGGCUGGCUGGUAGAUAACGCAGGCUACAAUCAAAUCAAUCAAUGAUUCGGAAUGAUCAAAGGAAUAGAUGGCAUGAUACCGUACUAGGUGCUUAUAUAAUCGAUACAUGACUAUUGAUGACUUAUUAAUAUGGUUGUACAAACAUCGUGUAUUACUAAGCUGUAGUUUUAUUGACCAUGGAUGAUGUUGGGGAAUGAGAAG